AUGCUGCUGCGCGCCUGGCCGCCGGUGCUGCUGGCGCUGCUGAGCGCGCCGGUGGCCUGGGGGGCGAGCGGCGCGGCCCUCGUGUCGCCCGUGCAGAAGGUCGUCCAGAUGCUCACCGACAUGACUGCCAAGGCAAGCCAGGAAAUGAGCGACGAGGAGGUCGAGUUCUCCAAGUUUAAGACCUGGUGUGCCGAGGAGACCUCGAAGCUCGAGCGAGAGAUUGAACGGAACACCAGGGUGAUCGGCUCCCUCACGAGCGAGAUCGCCAGCCUGGAGAGCAAGGCGGCCACGCUCCAGGCAGAGGUGAAGGCGCUCCAGGCCGACGUCGGCAAGUUCGAGGCAGAGAUGGAAAAGGAGACUGCCGAGCGCAAGAAGGGUCACGAUGCUUUCGUCCUGGAGGAGCAGGACUACAGCGAGAGCGUCGACGCCCUCGGCAGGGCCAUCUCGGUGCUGAAGGCGCAGGACGUCGAUCGUACUGGCGCCUCCAGCGCACUGGCGCAGCUCGGCGCUAAGGACCGGAUUCCGGUGAAGGUUAGGUCCGUCAUCACCGCGUUCCUCUCCAUGAUGAGCGCCUCCAGGGGCACCGCGGACGGUGGUGGCGACGGCCUGGACUACAAGGCGCCGGAGGCCUAUGGGUACGAGUUCCAGUCCAGCAGCAUUCUGGACAUGCUCGAGAAGCUGGAAGACGAGUUCAGGUCCAAGCUUGGCGAGUGUCAGAAGGAGGAACUGAACUCCCAGCACGCCCACAGGACCAUCAUGCUGGACCUGAAGGACGCGAAAGAGAACGCCCAACGGGACAUCGCCGACAAAACCGCCCAGGCGCAGCGAAAGCUGAAGGCGGCGGCGGACGACAAGAAACAGCUCUCCGCCACAGGGGCUGUCAUGGAGGCGAACAAGAAGACCCUGAAGGGCAUGACGGCCGAGUGCUUCGAGAAGGACCUGUCGUUCCAGGAGAAGCAGAAGUUGCGCAAAGAGGAGAUCGAAGCGCUCGGGAAGGCGGUCGAGAUCAUGUCCUCGCCAGAGGUCGCGGGGGCGGCGGGCCAACACCUCUCGUUGGCCCAGCUGCCAGCCAGGGGUGGCGUCGCCCUGGUCCAGGCCUCGCGUUCCGCCGCGGAGGCAGGUCGCGGGGUCCGCCGCCGCGUGCGGGAGUUCCUGCGGAAGGAGGGCGGUCGGCUGAAAAGCAAGUCCCUGGUGCUGCUGGCGGACAAGAUGCUCACCGACCCUUUCGCCAAGGUCAAGAAACUCAUCGACGGCAUGAUCACGCGGCUGCUAGAAGAAGCGAAAGAGGACGCGGACCACGAGGGGUUUUGCGACGAGGAGAUGGGUAAAAGCAGGGUGACGCGCACGCGGCUGCAGGAGGAUAUCGACGCCCUCGACGCGGCGGUCGAGGACGGCAAGGCCAGCAUCCUGGCUCUGACAGAGAGCACUGGCGAGCUCACUAAGGAGGUUGCGGAACUCGUCGCCGCGAUGAAGGAGGCCGGCGAGAUACGCGAUAAUGAAAAGAAGGCCAACGCCCACACCGUGGAGGAUGCCAAGGCAGCGCAGGAAGCGGUCAGCGCAGCCAAGGUCGUGCUCGAGGAAUUCUACAAAAAGGCGGCUACUGCCACGGCCUUCGUCCAGGUUAGGAACUCCAAUCCAGAGUUUGCCCUGAAGACGGGCAUCAAGAUGGGCUCAGACGAGUGGGCGUCGCUCGCAAACCCCGAUUACAAAGGCUCUUACGACACGGGCCACAAGGAGGGCCUGCAGACCUUUGGGGAGAAGGAGACUGGCGAGGUGCGCGACGAGGCCGAGUACGGCGUGCUGGCGCUGAUGGAGGUGAUCCUAUCCGACUUCGGUAAGGUCGAGGCUACCACCAAGGCAUCGGAAGCGGAGUCCCAGAAGAUGUACGAGGAGUUCAUAAUCGAAAGCAAAAAAAACCAGGCCAAGAAGGAGAAGAACAUAGAAAUGAACGACUCGGACAAGGCUGCCGCUGAGGAGCAGCUCAGGCAGGACAUCGCGGACCUCAAGGCCACGCAGGACGAGCUCAUUGCCGCGGAGGCGUACUACCAGAGGCUGGUACCGCAGUGCAUCGACAAGGGCAUGACCUUCGACGAGAGGACUAAGGCGCGCGAGUCUGAGAUCGCGUCCCUCAGGGAGGCGCUUGGGAUCCUCGGCAGCGAGGACAUCGCCUGA